CCCAGAGGCUGGGAACCGACCGGGCAGCUCCGCUGUCCCCACCCGGGGCGCGCAGAUCCGUCGGGUCCGGCCCUGGUGCCACCGCCCCCCUAAACCGCGGACUUGCUAACUAGUGCGUGUCGGGUGUGUGUUUUUUUUUUUUCAACUUGCCUUUUAAAGAUGACUUUUAUGGUCGCUGCAGCUGUUUGCCUCCGGUCUGAACUGUAGUUUGGAAGACUGAAGAGGCCAGGAGGUGCCUGUGUGUUGCUUAGCCAGAGUGGGCCGCGGCCACAGUAGGCCGGCUGCUGCGUUCUGGGGGCCACAGCCCCGGGCCAGCCCCUCCCGGCGCCCUAGGGGCCCACCCUUGAGCGUCUUCAGUUCGGUGAUGGAGCCUCCCUGCCAGUCGGCCAUCUGGAGGGGUCAGAACCAGUCCCCUUGGGCACUUGGGAAAUUCACAAAACUCCCCCACAGGUGUGUGCCGAGAAGGACUUUGGCUCCUGGGGGGUUACCCAGCCAGCUCUGAAGCUGCUCUCGCGGGCCGCCGGUUGUACAAGUCCAUGCCCGCCUAGCCGGCCGCCGCGGGAUGGAGGGCUUCAUGGACUCAGGGACACAGACGGACGCUGUGGUGGUACUGUCCUUGGCGCAGGCCGCUGUGCUGGGCCUGGUCUCGGAAAAUGAGCUCUUCGGAGCCACCAUAAGCGCCCAGGCCUUCUACCAGGACCUGGGCCCUGAGCUGCCGGGGACGGCCCUGGGCGAGCCGGGGCCGCCGGGCCCCGAGGUCUACCAGCUGGCCUGCAACGGGCGGGCCCUGGAGGAGCCGGCCGAGGAGGAGGUGCUGGAGGUGGAGGCGGCCUGCGAGAAGCACACCCGGCGGAAGACGCGGCCCCCGGUGCGGCUGGUGCCCAAGGUCAAGUUCGAGAAGGUGGAGGAGGAGGAGCAGGAGGUGUACGAGGUCUCCGUGCCCGGGGACAAGGAUGCAGGCCCGGCCGAGGCCCCCGCCGAGGCGGCAGGUGGCGGCUGCGAGGCCCUGGUGCAGAGCAGCGCCGUCAAGAUGAUCGACCUCAGCGCCUUCAGCCGCAAGCCCCGGACGCUCCGGCACCUGCCGCGGACCCCCAGGCCCGAGCUGGACGUGGCCCCGUACGAGCCUCACUUCCCCGAGCCGGCCCGGGACGGCUUCCCCGAGCCCAGCCUGGCGCUGCCCGGGCCGGAGGCCUUGCCCACCGAGUGUGGCUUCGAGCCGCCGGCACACCUGGCCCCUCUGAGUGACCCCGAGCCCCCCGCCCUGGCGUCACCUGAGCCCGUGAAGCCAGAGCAGGGCUUUGUGUGGCAGGAGGCGGGCGAGUUUGAGGCGGACGCGGCCGGCUCCACGGCGGAGCGGCACAAGAAGGCGCAGCUGGACCGGCUGGACAUCAACGUGCAGAUCGACGACUCGUACCUGGUGGAGGCGGGCGACCGGCAGAAGCGCUGGCAGUGCCGCAUGUGCGAGAAGUCCUACACGUCCAAGUACAACCUGGUGACGCACAUCCUGGGCCACAACGGCAUCAAGCCGCACUCGUGCCCGCACUGCAGCAAGCUCUUCAAGCAGCCCAGCCACCUGCAGACGCACCUGCUCACACACCAGGGCACGCGGCCCCACAAGUGCCAGGUGUGCCACAAGGCCUUCACGCAGACCAGCCACCUGAAGCGCCACAUGCUGCUGCACUCGGAGGUCAAGCCCUACAGCUGCCACUUCUGCGGCCGCGGCUUCGCCUACCCCAGCGAGCUCAAGGCCCACGAGGUGAAGCACGAGAGCGGCCGCUGCCACGUGUGCGUCGAGUGCGGCCUGGACUUCUCCACCCUGACGCAGCUCAAGCGCCACCUGGCCUCCCACCAGGGCCCCACCCUCUACCAGUGCCUGGAGUGCGACAAGUCCUUCCACUACCGCAGCCAGCUGCAGAACCACAUGCUCAAGCACCAGAACGUGCGGCCGUUCGUGUGCACCGAGUGCGGCAUGGAGUUCAGCCAGAUCCACCACCUGAAGCAGCACUCGCUCACCCACAAGGGCGUGAAGGAGUUCAAGUGCGAGGUGUGUGGCCGGGAGUUCACCCUGCAGGCGAACAUGAAGCGACACAUGCUGAUCCACACCAGCGUCCGGCCCUACCAGUGCCACAUCUGCUUCAAGACCUUCGUGCAGAAGCAGACCCUCAAGACGCACAUGAUUGUACACUCGCCCGUGAAGCCAUUCAAGUGCAAGGUGUGUGGGAAGUCCUUCAACCGCAUGUACAACCUGCUGGGCCACAUGCACCUGCACGCGGGCAGCAAGCCCUUCAAGUGCCCCUACUGCUCCAGCAAGUUCAACCUCAAGGGCAACCUGAGCCGGCACAUGAAGGUCAAGCACGGCGUCAUGGACAUCGGCCUGGACAGCCAAGACCCCAUGAUGGAGCUGACAGGCCCCGAGCCCUCGGAGCUGGACGGCCAGCAGGAGCUGGAGGACUUCGAGGACAACGCUUACCCCUACGCGGGCGUGGACGGUGGUGCCGAGGCCAGCGUGCUCACGGAGCAGGCCAUGAAAGAGAUGGCCUACUACAACGUGCUAUAGCGAGGAGGGGCGGGGCUGUGGCCGCCCCCCCACCCCACCCCGCAGCUGAGAAGCAAACUACUGCCCCACCGGCCCCACCCCACCCCCCGCCCCAGGCGUUUGCACCACUAAGGACCUGUAGACCAAAUGGAUUCAGUACUACUGGCCUGGUCAGAGCCGGGCGCCGGUCCCUGGCGUUCUGGCCAGGGAAGCCUAGCGCAGGAGGCCCAGGCCUGCUGCCGUGGGAGGAGCGGAGGAAGGCUGAGGAAGCACAAGGCCCGGGCCCAGCGGCCUCCCCAGGCCCGGCAUUGCUCUUCAGGGCUCCUGACCCUGCAGGCCUCGGUCCCCUCUGACCAGCCGCUGCCUCCAGGGACCGCUGAGCACCUGCUGCUCUGCACAGUCCACCCCCAGCCCACCAGGCCCGAGAGUCCCCGCCAGCCAGGCAGGGGCCCCCUGCCUUCUACCUCCUGGGGCUCCCUGGUCCUGCAGCCAGGAGUGCCCGCAAGCUGGAGCACAACCAGGGCCCGCCCCCGGAAAGCCCCCGGCCCCCAGCCCCCAACACGGGCUCCAGCAAGCGUCACCCAGGCCUGUCCCCGGCUGGCACACACCAGGGUCCCCCCACCCGUCCUGCCCCCAGCAUGACCCAGGCAGGACACCUGGAGACGGAGGCCCCAGCACCAGGGCAGGGUGGGAGGGGCUGGAAUCGUUCUGACGAGCAAGGACGCGCUGCAGGCGGGGAGGCGCAGGCUCCCGGCAGAGCACCAGAGUGGAACCGGAAGACGAAGACUGCACGGGCAAACAAAUCUUGGCGCGCACACGGGGGUGUUUGGAAGGUAAUUUAUUAUUUUUUCUUUCCAACUCCGUGUCGCCUGUUACCUUGUCGGAUGGAGACGCCGUUCCUUUUCCAGACGUGAGCUUUCUCGUGUGCUGCGCGUGCUGUGCGCCCCCGACCCUACGGCAGCCUGGCCAGACAGGGCUCACGCCUGCCCUCCCACCCAGCCCCUUGCUCAGGGGCUCGGCCUGCUGUCCCUGUCCCCAGCUCCGAGCCACAGGCCUGGGGCACUGAGCUAGCACAUUCAGGAACGCCCGGGCCCACAGCCUCCUGCCCUCUCGCCUCCUGAGGCCUCGGUGGGGAGACGUGCAGGGCCAGCCCCAGCAGGCACAGGUGGAGCCGGCACCUUCAGCCAGAAACCGGGAGGGGAAAGCAGCCGGUGUGAGGGGAACCCGUCUGCAAGGCAGUGACCCCCACGGCCGGGCCUCAGGGCGACCGCGAUCAGGACGGAGGGGUGGACAAGGUGGCCCAAGGGUGGCCUCCCAGGUGCCCGCCAUGCGGACCGUCAGGUGGCAGUGAGCCCGUCACGGCAGAAGACACUUCUCCUGCUGGGCAGAAGGCCCCAUCCCCUGCAAACUACCUCUUCCCACAUCUUUCCCCCUGGUACCAAAAAAGAACCCUGUACCUCCUCCUCCUCCUGCUGCCAGCGCAGUGGCCUUGGUCUUGGACUGGCCCCAGGCCGGGGUCUCCUCCCCCGCCCCACCCCCAGCGGCACCGCCCUCUGCAAGACGGGAUACUUGAACGCCCCCUCCCCGGGGAAAGCUAGGAGGAGGAUGCGCACGACCCCUGCGCACCGCGGCGGCCCCGGCAACGCUCCCCCCACCCCUCCCCAGCCCCCUCCGAUGACUCGGGUGGCCUGGCAGCUCCUGGCGAACCCACUCUAACUUAUUUUGCCGUGUGUACAAACCGACCGUUUAGACACUCACGUGUGCAGAGCCCUACUGUGUUUCUAUGUUCCUGUUUCAGAGAAGUUUACUUAGCAAUAAUUAUAAAUAAAUGGAUAUUCUUUA